UAAAAGGCCAAAACGACGGCGCGUUGAUGUACGAAGAGAAAAGAAAACCCUAGGUCGUCUCGUCUGUUCUGGAUACAAAUAUGUUGGGCAGCUGAGGCGGCCACAUAACUCCGUGAAUUGAGCUUCGAUAUCAGAAGAAAAAGAAAACGAGCGAAGAGAUGAGUCGCGGCGGAGCAGCAGCGGUGGCGAAGGGAGGAAAGAAGAAGGGAGUCUCCUUCGUGAUUGAUUGCGGGAAGCCUGUGGAGGAUAAGAUCAUGGACAUCGCUUCGCUCGAGAAGUUCCUCCAGGAGAGAAUCAAGGUGGGCGGCAAGGCCGGCGCUCUCGGCGACGCCGUCGCCAUCUCCCGUGAAAAGAACAAGAUAACCGUCACAUCCGACAGCAAUUUCUCUAAGCGGUAUCUCAAGUACUUGACCAAGAAGUACCUGAAGAAGCACAAUGUCCGAGAUUGGCUCCGUGUGAUUGCUUCCAACAAGGAGAGGAAUGUCUAUGAACUGCGGUACUUCAACAUAGCCGAGAACGAGGGAGAGGAGGAGGAUUGAAGACUGAUAAUUCAGUAUCUGGUGUUUUUUAGUUUGUUCAAUCUGUUUGAAAGGCUGUUUCUCUACUAUGUUGAUCUGUAGGCUUCCUUGUCAGCGCUGUCGUAAAACUUGUUGGGAAUUUUGGUUAAUGGCGAAUCUAGUAGAUGUCGUACUUGCUUUCUUUAGCUGCUACAAAUAGAAUCUUUAUUUCCUUGCUAUAGAUUUGCUCUUAGCGUGUGUUUCAAACCAAUGGGUAAUUGCCUAUGUUUUUGCUGUUGGUACUCCGUGCUAGUAUCUUUGAUAUUCAUCAAUGCUGUUUUCCAACCAUUGAAAAAUGAAUUGUUAGGGUUCUUGAGAGAGGACGUCGGCCUGGUCUCGGCAUGAGGCUUGCGCAGGUCUAACUCGGGCAGUCCUUUAUUAAUAGAUCCAUUAUUUAGGUCAAGUCUGGUUGUCCAAUCUGGGAACGUUUACAUGUUUUAUCUUAGCCAAAAGGCCUAGAAAUGUGUGAUCUAGGUACGUUUGUGGGUGCUAUUGUUGAGAUCAUCUCCACUAAUGCAAGAAAGAAAUGCAAUGCAAAUAAUGAAAGCAAAAAAGAAAAAGAAAAAUAAUGUUUAAGUAGUGAUUCUAGAUGAUCAUGCAUUCAUUCUUAAUGACGAGAUACUUGAAUGCUUCUUUUAUUAAGAUGUUAUAUCCCUUUCUCUAAGGUCAUUCUCUACCCAUGCAUGCACCUUUUGUGAUGGAGAUUUGACUAUCUAAGGCGUGCUUUCGUUUCAUGCCAUCACCUAAUCAAUUAAGGCGUGCUUUCAUUUCAUGCCAUCACCUAAGGCAAGCAAUUGAUUCAAUCGCUAAAUGUCGCCCUUAAAAUGGCUAACGGUCGCCCUAACUCUAAUGAUAAAUGACUUACAUACCCCAAUAAAAUUUCAAAAUUUAA